UAUUUUUUUUCCUUUUCUUUUUUCAAUUAAAAAAAUAAACCCUAAAUAAUAUUUAGUUCAUGUCCUCAGGAAAAUCAAUCAAUUCUCUAAGGUAUUCAGGAAUUCUAAAGCUCGGCGAUCUGAAGAUCGACAUCGAUUCAAUUUCAAUUCAGUAAAAAAAAAGGUAUUAUUAAGCAGAAAAGAUGGUGAAGCUGACGAUGAUUGCUCGUGUAAUGGACGGUCUACCAUUAGCAGAAGGGUUGGAUGAUGGGCGUGAUGUGCAAGAUGCUGAGUAUUACAAACAGCAAAUCAAAGCUUUGUUCAAGAAUCUUUCUAAAGGUCAAAAUGAUCCUUCUAGAAUGUCCGUUGAGAGUGGACCUUACAUAUUUCACUAUAUCAUUGAGGGCCCUGUUUGUUAUCUAACAAUGUGUGACCGGGCCUAUCCAAAGAAGCUUUCAUUUCAGUACCUGGAAGAUCUCAAGAAUGAAUUUGAGCGAGUGAAUGGGAAUCAGAUAGAAACCGCUGCUAGACCUUAUGCGUUCAUUAAGUUUGAUACAUUUAUACAGAGAACAAAGAAGCUUUACCAGGACACUCGUACACAGAGGAACAUUUCCAAACUGAACGACGAGCUCUAUGAAGUGCACCAAAUCAUGACACGGAAUGUGCAAGAAGUCCUUGGUGUUGGUGAAAAGUUGGACCAGGUCAGCCAAAUGUCCAGCCGCUUAACAUCUGAGUCACGGAUUUACGCUGACAAGGCAAGAGACUUAAAUCGACAGGCUCUGAUCCGGAAAUGGGCCCCCGUAGCAAUUGUAAUUGGAGUUGUGGUCCUACUCUUCUGGGUCAAAAAGAAGAUCUGGUGAUUCCCUCCCUGAAAAUCAUUUAGACAUCUCUGAUGUUUACACUUCGAACAUAUGGGGGAAAUCACACAAGGGGCGAGGCUUCUGAUUUGAUGUAUGUGGCUAGAUAGACCUGAAAUGUUUUUUCAGUGAUAUGGAAAAGAUAUGUGCACGACUUUGUUGUAUAUUUAUAUAAACUCCAUUUUGAUGUUAAAAUUCGAGAUAGUGAAACUUGAAAGCUCAGAAUCAUAGUGUAUGGGCUUUCUGCGAAAUUGAGUAAUUUUGUUAUCCCUUGGACUGAUUCAGACAUCAAAGAACCUUGUCUUGUGGAA